CUUAGUCCCUUGCCAAUAUGAGAGGGGACCAGAGGUUACAGAAGGAGGACGUGGUUAAGAAUUAAAAGUCAACACCACCGGAAUAAAGUUAAUAUUGGACUGCGUCAGCCUAGGCACGAAGAAAUUCAUUGCCAACCUUAAGUGUUGGCAGUACUGAAAAUAGAAACUUGAAGUUUACUGUGGGACAACAAAGGAAUUUAACAAGCUCAUAGUAUGUGUGUAGCUCAAUACACUGUGACAAUGAUGAAGCCUUUAUCUUUCAAUAUCACCUCAAACCACUUGUUGCUGUGUGUUUUCCUGUGUCUACUUUGGGGUGUCACUGACUCCAACACAACAUCAACACCAGACACAAGGUUAUCCACUCCAUUGACAACCCUUUCAACAACAAAAUCACUUCCUCCUAAUGCAAACGAGUUCAAAUCAGUUGGACAAAAUGAGACCAGUAUAACUCUGCAGUGGAAGACAGUAAAUGGCAGCCUCAACUAUACACUUAUGUUCAGUGGAGGAGAGAUAAACAUCACUGCAUCAGCGGUACAGGAACAAGUGACACACACAAUCCUGGAACUCACAAGUGGGACUAAAUACGAUUUCAGUCUCUUCACUGUGUUUGAAAAUGUCAGAAGUAGCGGAGUAAACAUCACUGCAGUCACUGCUCCUCGUAACACAGAAGAGUUCAAAUCAGUUGGACAAAAUGAGACCAGUAUAACUCUGCAGUGGAAGACAGUAAAUGACAGCCUCAACUAUACACUUAUGUUCAAUGGAGGAGAGAUAAACAUCACUGCAUCACACGAACAAGUGACACACACAAUCUUUGAACUCACAAGUGGGACUAAAUACGAUUUCAGUCUCUUCACUGUGUUUGAAAAUGUCAGAAGUAGCGGAGUAAACAUCACUGCAGUCACUGCUCCUCGUAACACAGAAGAGUUCAAAUCAGUUGGACAAAAUGAGACCAGUAUAACUCUGCAGUGGAAGACAGUAAAUGACAGCCUCAACUAUACACUUAUGUUCAAUGGAGGAGAGAUAAACAUCACUGCAUCACAGGAACAAGUGACACACACAAUCCUGGAACUCACAAGUGGGACUAAAUACGAUUUCAGUCUCUUCACUGUGUUUGAAAAUGUCAGAAGUAGCGGAGUAAACAUCACUGCAGUCACUGCUCCUCGUAACACAGAAGAGUUCAAAUCAGUUGGACAAAAUGAGACCAGUAUAACUCUGCAGUGGAAGACAGUAAAUGACAGCCUCAACUAUACACUUAUGUUCAAUGGAGGAGAGAUAAACAUCACUGCAUCACACGAACAAGUGACACACACAAUCUUUGAACUCACAAGUGGGACUAAAUACGAUUUCAGUCUCUUCACUGUGUUUGAAAAUGUCAGAAGUAGCGGAGUAAACAUCACUGCAGUCACUGCUCCUCGUAACACAGAAGAGUUCAAAUCAGUUGGACAAAAUGAGACCAGUAUAACUCUGCAGUGGAAGACAGUAAAUGACAGCCUCAACUAUACACUUAUGUUCAAUGGAGGAGAGAUAAACAUCACUGCAUCAGCGGUACAGGAACAAGUGACACACACAAUCUUUGAACUCACAAGUGGGACUAAAUACGAUUUCAGUCUCUUCACUGUGUUUGAAAAUGUCAGAAGUAGCGGAGUAAACAUCACUGCAGUCACUGCUCCUCGUAACACAGAAGAGUUCAAAUCAGUUGGACAAAAUGAGACCAGUAUAACUCUGCAGUGGAAGACAGUAAAUGACAGCCUCAACUAUAUAAUUUUGUUCAAUGGAAGCGACGUAGACAUCACUGCAUCAGCGGGACAGGAACAAAUAACACACGCGAUCCUGGAACUCACAAGUGGGACUAAAUACGAUUUCAGUCUCUUCACUGUGUUUGAAAAUGUCAGAAGUAGCGGAGUAAACAUCACUGCAGUCACUGCUCCCAAAAAUGUUAAGAAUGUGACUGUGUUGACACAAAAUGAGAGUAGUAUAACUCUGAUGUGGGACAAGGUUAACACCAUCUCAACUUACAUCCUACAAUAUGAUAACAAUGUCAGUUCCAUUAAGGGCAGUGUGUCUUAUCAAGAGGCAUCAGUUACACGUGAGGUCUCUUCGCUUGCUGCUGGGACAAAAUAUAAUUUCACCCUCAUCACUGUGUUUGAGAAUGUCAACAGCACUGGAUUCUCAUUUAACGCUGUGACUGUUCCCUCAAUGGUGGCUUUGGUCAGUGUGACUAAACGCUCUGUGACCAGCAUAACCCUGGAGUGGAAUGUGGAUGUGGAUAAAGACUGGAGCUACGUUCUCCAAAUUAAUGGGGAAAAUUUGCAACUUCACCCGGACAGAUCUGCAAAUGUUUUGUCACAUUCAUCCCCAUCUCUCCAGCCUGGAACAGAGUAUCCUUUCAGCGUGACCACAGUGUUCUCUGGACUCAACAGCACUGCUUAUAAAGGCUUCACAGUAACAGCCAUAGAUUGUACCAAUGUAACCUGGUAUGUUACUAACUCAUCGAUCCAAGGAAUGAUUGAAGGCUUGUUCUCGAAUGCAACAGCCAAUAAUAAAUCACAAACUCAUGUCAGUCCUGGAGGUAGCAAUGUGUCAUUUUCUGGCCUUUACCCUGGCGCAACCUAUGAGGUGUCUCUUGUGUAUGAAAGGAAUUCCAAAUACUUUCAACAGUGUCGCCACGAACUGACAAUCAUUCCUCCAGAUUUAAGGGCUCACUGUGAGUACUGGGCAGCUGGCUAUUCUGUCUUCAUUGUCUGGAAUAAACCUGAUGGUGUGUGGACUUCAGUGGAGGUGAACGUGACUGGAAAAACUCACAAAGUGAAAAAUGGGGAACAGCAUCUCAAAAUAUCUGGAUUCCUACCUGCCAAAACAUAUGAGGUGUCUUUAGCUUCACUGUCUGGGAUCGUAAGGAGUUACAAACCAUUUGUUUUUUCAUGUCCUACUGAUCCAAGGGGAGUCAUUGCAGGGUCAGUAUUUGCUGUGCUGCUUUUUGGCGUCCUGGUCUGUCUGGCUGUCUUCAUUUUGUUUAAAAGACCAGAUAUCAUCAGCAGAAAAAAGCCAUUCAUUGCUGGUUUCAGACUAUCUAAUCAAAAGUGCAAAGCUAUUUCUGUGGCAAAGUUUCCAGAACACUUCUGCCAAUUAAGUGCGGACGAGAACAGAGGUUUCAGCCAGGAAUAUGAGAGCCUAAUUCCUGUUGGCACAGAGCAGACACGAAAGGAAGCUCUUCUACCUGAGAACAAAGCAAGGAAUCGAUUCAACAAUGUCCUGCCAUAUGACUGGUGUCGGGUGAAGCUAACUACAUCAAAUCCCGGGACCUCUGACUACAUUAAUGCCAGUUACAUGCCAGGCUACAACUGCAACAGAGAGUACGUUGCCACUCAGGGUCCUCUGCCCUCCACAGUCAAUGAUUUCUGGAGGAUGAUCUGGGAACAAAGAGUGAAAGGCAUCGUCAUGGUAACCAACUGCACUGAGGGAGGAAGGACUAAGUGUGAACGAUACUGGCCUGCAGACAGUAAGCCUUGCCUUUACGAAGGGCUGUUAGUCACCACCAGAUCUGAGCGGCAGGAGCCCAACUGGACAUUGAGGGACUUUAGGGUGAAACAUAGGAACACCUCAGAGGAGCGCACAGUUAAACAUUUUCACUUCACUGCCUGGCCUGACCAUGGAGUCCCACAGGGCACAGAAGUCCUGAUCCAGUUCAGAGGACUGGUGAGACAGCACAUAGAGAGAGAAGGGGCUGGAGCACCAACCGUGGUGCACUGCAGUGCUGGAGUGGGGAGGACAGGCACUAUCAUUGCCCUGGAUGUGCUGCUUCAGCAGCUAGAGAAAGAAAGAGCAGUGGACAUCAAUGCCUUUGUGCACAAGAUGAGACUGAGUCGACCAUACAUGGUGCAGACAGAGUCCCAGUAUGUUUUCCUGCACCAAUGCAUCAUGGACUGUCUGCAGCCAAAUGACAAGACUGAAGAGAACAUAUAUGAGAAUGCAGACAUGAUAUAUGCCAAUGCCACUGCACUCCGAGAGUUUCACACAAAUGUCUAAACUAAACGAGACGGUCAGCCCUGCAGUCACUAUUUUGUGCUCUAAAGGACAAUCUAAUUCUAAAGGCAACAUUUUGUUAUGAACUGUAAAUAUGAAAAACAUUUAAGUCUUAUAUAUUACUGUAUAUGCAUAGCACACUUUUAUUUAACUUACAUUUUUGUUACGCUCAUCUGCAAUAUGUAUA